GCCAGAGUUUGCGAAAAUUAUAACUUGGCAUCAUCCUCGAUUGCAAUUUUUGUUGAAAUUUGGUUUAAGUAAUAAAUAGUAAAAAAUAUAACGAUGCGGUCGCGUAGCAGAAGCCGCAGUAGGCACAGGCAAAGACGACCAAGGAGUAGAUCUAGGUCAAGAUCCAGAUCGAAACCCAAACGAACUGCAGCACCUAUCAAGGAUCAGAGCAGAGAAAAUCAUCGCCAUCGUGACCGAGAGCGGGAAAAUGAACGGCGGAGGAGAGAUGAUCGACGACGUUCCCGAUCCCAGUCAACGAAUUCGAGCAGCUCCACCAGUAGCACCAGUACCAGCAGGUCCCGGUCGCGCUCGCAAAGCCGCAGUCGACAAAGGAAGCAGUCGUCUGCAAGAAAAUCGGUAGAACGUUGGCCCAACGAUCGUUUUCACGACAACAACGAUAGAAGCAAGAAUCCGUUUCGAGGUAUUGCUCCCGAAGGCAGUUUCAUUAAUAAUCAGGACGAAUCCUCAGGAAGAUCCCGGCACAGAGGCGGCAGGGGCGGUGGUUAUAAAGGCGAUUCCAAGGUGGCAAAUGCUCGGCGAAAUCAGCGGGUCCGAAUCGGUGAAGAGGGUGUGCCAGAAAUAUGGGGCUCUAGCCCCACCAGGCAAGAUGAUGAUGUAGAGCUCGUCAAGGGCUCAUAUGUGGGACCCAAAAAGAAGAGAAAAAAGGAGAAAAAGAAAUCCAGCAAAAAGUCCAAGAAAAAGUCGAAAAAAAAGAAGAGCAGAAAAGAGGAAUCGAGCUCGAGUUCGUCUGAUUCAUCAUCAUCAUCAUCGGAAAGCAGCAGCAGCAGCAGUAGUAGCAGUGAUUCUGAAUCUACCAGCGAUAGUUCCAGCUCAGACAGUGAGGACGGGAAGGAAGUUUGGCUAGAGAAGACAGCGGAUGGUGUAAAGAAACCCAAAAAGAAAAAGAAGUCACUGAGCGCCAAAGACAAAAAGCACAAAAAGAAAAAGAAGAAGCGAAAAUCAGAGAAAGAAAAGUCCAAGCGAACUUCCUCCAGCACUAGUAAAUCUAAAUCGAAAUCUAGUGCCUCCAACAAUGACGAAGAUGUGGGCCCAUCUUUACGAACAACUAGCGGCCUGAAUCAAAAGGACUUUGGACGUGCCCUUUUACCAGGUGAAGGAGCCGCCAUGGCUGCUUAUAUAGCAGAGGGCAAACGUAUUCCGCGACGUGGUGAAAUUGGUCUAACCUCCGAUGAAAUAGCCAACUUUGAGUCAGUUGGUUAUGUUAUGAGUGGAAGUCGUCAUCGUCGUAUGGAGGCCGUCCGUAUUCGAAAGGAGAAUCAGUUGUAUUCAGCCGAUGAGAAGCGGGCUCUAGCCAUGUUCAGCAAGGAGGAGCGACAGAAACGAGAGAACAAAAUUCUAUCACAAUUCAAAGACAUGAUCCACUCUAAACUUCAGGCUAAGGAUAAAAAGUAAAACCACCGAUAAAUUAAAUAAAAAGUAACAAUCAAUUGGAAA